AUUUUAGUACAUUGUUGACCAUCUUUUUCGUAUAGACUACUAUCUCUGAUCUCUUGCGAGUUAAGUCAGUAACUAGGAAAAUUCAGAAGCGCUCUCAAUCUCAAAAAUAUCCAUGGCGGCGAUUACAGAAUUUCUACCAAAAGAGUACGGAUAUGUCGUUCUCGUCCUCGUCUUCUACUGUUUCCUCAACCUCUGGAUGGGUGCUCAAGUCGGCAGAGCUCGCAAAAGGUACAACGUCCCGUAUCCAACUCUAUAUGCAAUAGAAUCAGAAAACAAAGAUGCUAAGCUCUUCAACUGUGUUCAGAGAGGACAUCAAAACUCUUUAGAGAUGAUGCCAAUGUAUUUCAUACUGAUGAUCCUCGGUGGGAUGAAGCACCCUUGUAUCUGUACUGGCCUUGGUUUGCUUUACAACGUUAGCCGAUUCUUCUACUUUAAAGGUUAUGCUACUGGAGAUCCCAUGAAGCGUCUUACGAUCGGCUUUUCCCAUUCUUCGUUUCUUUACUCGGUUCUGUAUUUACUACGACUUUGUUCCACGUCUUCGUCUCUAAAUCGAGUUUACGUAGAUAAUCGUUGUAAUCUACAAUGUUGCAAGCGUGAAGCUAAGCUCAACGAUUUCUUCGUGAAAUACGGUUUCUUGGGGUUGCUAGGUCUGAUGAUAUGUACCAUCUCGUUUGGUGUCACUCUGAUCCUUGCUUGAGCUACUCGUUUCUGGGGUUAAUGAUUCUCUGGUUUGCUCGAAGAAUAUAGAACCAAUGCUUGUAAGCUGUCCACAAAACUUGUGUAAUACUUUAGAGUUUGUCACUUUUAAAAGUUUGUAAUAAAUCAUGGCUUCAUAGAACAGUUGAAAUUUCACAUCCGUAGACGUUAAUAAAGAUUUGAAUUAUGAAGACACUUUCUGGUUAUUUUA